AAUACCUCGGUGAACGGAGGGAGGGAUUAAACAGAGUCAGAGGUAUAAUUACAGUUAGACAGCAGGCACAGAGAGCAGACUGACCCUGAACACUGAUCACUCAGCUAGGGGACUAGAACUCCAGAGCUACCGAGGACCAGAACUGGUAGACCUGAGCCCAACAGCACCAGAGACAAUCAGGACAGACAGAACCAGAGCUUCAGUGCCAGUGACGAGCAGAAGCAAAAAAAAAAGAACCAGCAGUGCCGGACCUUCAGUGCGAUUGAGGAUUAGAGCCAACAUAACCAGAACCGGCAGAGUGGACCUCUGAAUCAGCAUUUUGUACCCUCAGCCACAGCUGAUCAGGAACAGCUCAUCAGUUACGUCUGUGUGCUGCUGUUUUAGAGGAAAGUUUUCAGAUGAAUGGGAAUCUCUCCUGUUGAUUCUCCUGUGGGACUCAGAACUGUUUCUAUGCUGAUCUGGACAUUCAGAGACCAUUAUGUGUCCUCAGUUUGCUGUGUUCUUCUCUGUGUCUGUUAUUCUUAUUCUUAGUAAUGCUUCUCCAACUGGUUCUGCACGGAUGGUGGUAGCGCAGAAGCUCCAGGAACAAGCACCAUCGUCCUCGGACUGUCUUCAGUCUUCUGAUUGCUCCCUACCUCAUCUGAGGAGGAACUCCUCUGUUUACGGAAGUCAAAGUGACAUGUUAGAGGCAGUGAAGCGCCACAUUCUCAACAUGCUGCAUUUGAGUGCCCGGCCAAAUUUGACGCAGCCGGUUCCUCGAGCUUCACUGCUCAACGCCAUCAAAAAGCUACACUUUGGUCACGUGGCCAAAGAUGGCAGCGUGGAGAUCCUGGAGGAGAGGGGCCCUGAUUACUCAACAUUACCUGAGCCACCUUCUGAAAUGAUCACCUUUGGAGAGGCAGGAGAUUCUCCAAACAUGGUGAGCUUUGACCUUCAGAAUGAGGAUACAAGCUCAUCAAAGAUGGAGAAGGCAAAUGUCUGGAUUUUCCUGAAGGUGUCGAAGCUCAGUCGAGGGAAAGGCAAAGCAACACUGCGCCUGCUGUGGCCUCGUCCGCACGGCGACACUCAGGACGACGAGUGUGUUUUUGAGACUGUGGUGGACACCCGUCGCAGCGGCUGGCACACACUUGCCGUGUCAAGCGUCGUACAGACUCUGCUGGACGCAGGCACUGGCUCGCUUCGUCUACGAGUUUCCUGCCCAAUGUGUGCAGACUUUGGAGCCAUGCCUGUCCUCAGUCCCGCCCACAGUCACGGUGCCACAGGAAGAGACCAGUCCCACCAGCCAUUCCUCGUGGUGGUGCUACGAGGCCGCGAGGAAGCAUCUGAGAGGCGAGUGAAACGAGGCCUAGAGUGUGAUGGAAAAGUCCACACUUGCUGCAAACGACAGUUCUAUGUAGACUUCAAAGACAUUGGCUGGAGUGACUGGAUCAUCGCACCAUCUGGCUACCAUGCCAACUAUUGUGAAGGCGACUGUCCAAACCAAAUGGCAAGCGUAAGUGGUUCGUACCUCUCCUUCCAUUCAACAGUCAUCAAUCAUUACCGUAUGAGGGGCUCUGGUCCGUUCGAGAACAUCCGGUCAUGCUGCGUACCAACGAGGCUGCGAGCCGUUUCUAUGCUCUACUACAACGAGGAGCAGAAGAUCAUCAAGAAAGACAUACAGAACAUGAUGGUGGAGGAGUGCGGCUGCUCAUAAACAGCUUGAAAAUAGUCUGGUGACCUGGUUCCCUGCAAGAAAACUAGCGUUCAUGAGGACAGAGCACUUGCUGUGAUUUCUUCCUGGGGAGGGGACUUCCAUAUCAGACAUGUUUGGAUCGCAUGAGAAAACCCAGAGUAUGCCGAAGAACUUGCAGAUCAAUGCCUGUUUUCAGCUGUUUGUGUGAUUUGUCAACUGGCUUCUGGUCUCAAGAAAGACAUUUGAAUGAUUAACACAUUCCUUUGGAGGGUCUUCUGGUGAGGUUAAGAUACUUGAAAAACAAUUGAUCCAUUCAGCUGUUGGAGCCAAACUUUAUUAUUAUUUUAAUUAUUGAAUGAGCUGAAUGUAAAUGUAA